AUGGACAAGAUUGUGUCCUUCUCCAAAUGGCUUAAGGUAGUCAAAGCCAAGAGUCAGCCAGCCGCCCCUAUGUAUGUCUCCAAGUCUAAUGGCAACGACAAUGAGCCGCCGAAGAAGAGGCAGAAGGUGUCCCAUCAUUCUCCUUUUGCCGUUGAUGGUGUUGUCGAGGAGCCUACUACCAAAGACGAUGAACAGAGCAUCCGUGUUAUUGAAGGUGAAGUCGUCGAGUUUAUGGGGAUUGAUGAUUAUGAAUUUGGUUCUCCGUUGAAGAGAGUGCCUACGCCUCAUCCUAAGAAGAAUAAGGGUCAGUAUGAUGAUGAUGACGAAGAUGAAGAGGGGAAGUGA